UGGCAUGGUUUGUUUUUCUUCUAGGAUGUGGAGAAAGAGAAGGAAACCCACAAUUACCUCAGCAAAGAGGAAAUCAAAGAGAAAAUUCAUAAAUACAAUUUAGCAGUCACAGACAAGUUGAAGAUGACCUUGAAUCCAAAUGGGACUUACACUGGCUUCAUUAAAGUGCAGAUGGAACUCUGCAAACCUCCGCAGUCUCCGAGCACCGGGAGACCCGCUCCCAGCAGCAUUGGCUGCAUGAACACGCUUCACAUCAGCAGCACCAACACCGUGGGCGAGGUGAUCGAGGCCCUGCUCAAAAAGUUCCUCGUGACCGAGAGCCCUGCCAAGUUUGCACUUUAUAAGCGUUGUUACAGGGAAGAUCAAGUCUACGCCUGCAAGCUCUCAGACGGGGAACAUCCACUCUACCUGCGUUUGGUAGCAGGGCCCAGGACAGACACACUUAGUUUUGUUCUCCGUGAACAUGAAAUUGGAGAGUGGGAAGCCUUCAGUCUCCCAGAGCUGCAGAAUUUCCUGCGCAUCUUGGACAAGGAGGAAGAUGAGCAGCUGCACAACCUGAAGAGGCGCUACACGGCCUACAGGCAGAAGCUGGAGGCGGCCCUGGGCGAGGCCUGGAAACCUGGCUAGGGCGCGGCUCCUGCUGGGCGCAGGGCCUGCGACCGACCCGCAGCGCCGCGAGGCUCUUCUCGGAGGGCUGUUUCCUUGCCCCGUGAUGCGAGGGUCUUACCCUUUUAUCUCUAGAGUUAGGUCCCCAAACCUCGGCCGCAGCGCCCUGCGCCUCCGCACCCUCUGUCCCGUCGGGCCCUGCGAGCUUGUCUGUUACAGCGCUGCGGUGUCCCUCCGGCAAGCUGUGAACCUGGGGCGGUCGUGAGGGCUUGGAAGCAUGGACUCUGGGUUUUGUUUUCUCUUUUCCUUUUAGUCAUUUUAAUUAUUUGAUGAUGAUGUUAAGCUUAAGGAUGUGCAAAUGAUUUUUAAAAAGCUUAACAAGGAAUCUAUCUGAAUACUUGUCCUAUGUUGAAACUACCUGUCUGUUGUUCUUGUUUUAAAUUUCAGAGGGGACAUCCACGUGAAUUGAAAGGCACAGGAAGCUAGGAGCUGUGAGGAAUUUGUGAAGGAUUUUGGAAGAGCUUGACAUUUCAAGAAAGUGAAGAGCAAGUUUGGGAGAGAAGGCAUGAGUGGAGGCUGAGGGAGCUCUGAGCAAGGAUAUUUUGGGCAGUGAGUUGAUGGUGGAGAGCGAAAGGUGUAUUUGGUUGUAAAGGAGUUAAAAGCAUUCAGUUCCGAGUUGUUAAACCCACUGCAGGACUGCUUGGUUUCUUGGUGAAUGAAAUGUGGGAACAGAGCCAAAGAAGGUAGGAGGUAGACGAAAGGGAGGGACGGUGAGUGAAGCUGGCCAGCAGGUGAUGCCCCAGAGCCCGGAGAGAGCUGAGCUGCCCUCGUGGGCCAGCGGCUCUGCCUUCCCAGAGUGGAAGGUGCAGCUUCUCUGGGCAGAUGGAGCAGGGCCUACUUGCUAAUAAUACCUGUUAAGCUGUAGCUUUUCCCUGAGGUGGUUUUCAAAGCUGAAAAGGAGUCUGGGUAGGGGCCCCUGUUUCUCCGGAUUGUUGGCUGGGAGAUUUGUCCAGCAAAGAGCUCACUGCACACUUUGUGACAAUCACUCCUGCAUUUCCCUUUUCCAUCCCCUCCCCUCUCCUCCUUCCCUCUCCCUCUCUCCUUUCCUUCUCCCUUCCUCUUACAAAUUGAAGUCUGUUCUUACUUAACGGAGAGCAGGGGUGUGGGUGAAAGACCCAAUACUACCAGAGCCUCGGUUCCAGAGGACUUGACUCGAGGAGGAGGGCAGCAAGAAAGGGAGGAAGGCCCGCCCCUAGCCCACCACAAGAGGGGCUCUUUAUGGAAGCAUUUUAACAAAAGUGCAUGUUCCUACCAACCAAAGAAAUGCAUGUGCAAUACAAGCCUUCCUUAAAGCAGAUUAAAUAACCUCAUUUUAUGCAGCAGUUAAUCCGGAAACAAUGCGAAAGGGGUGCUGCGGUUCUGGAGGGGGCUUUACAGUCUAUUUUUUUGUCUAGAUAUAUUUUUUGUUUAUAAAUUCCCAAGGAAUUGUUAACGCUUUGGUGACACCUAAUGGAUUCUUUGUGAAAUUCCAAGGUGCUUCAGCUCUUUGCCUUCUAAAUGACCUGUGCCUUUUUACUGCAUCUGUUUCCCUCUUGGUGGCUCUUCUGACUAUCAGAGAACACCCAUCCUUUGGAGGCGGCAGAUGAAGCAUUGGUGAUGCUGUGCCACAUGUUACCGAGACAAUCAUAUCUUCCUAAGCUUUUCAAGGAAAGUUGGAAAAAAAAAAGUAGAGCUAACUAUAAAAUAUGUAUGGCACAUCUUGUUUAAUUUUGCAUGCAGCUCUUCUUUUUAGUGCAUUGAUGAGGUUUUAGUGUCAUUGUCAUCCAACACUUUAUUGUUCAGGGAAUGCCUUCAUGGUUUUAUACUAGUUUUACUAUUCAGACUGUGGCUUGGGUUUUGAGUAUAGUGUUAUCAACCACCUGGUCUUUUCCUUCCCCAUCCCAGUAAGCUUAUAUUUUGUGAAGCAUUUGUUUCUCAGAUUAAGACACUGUUAGAACCUAAUGUAGUAGCUGAUGGGUAUCUGUGAAUUUUUUUUUUUUUUUGUACUUGAAGCAGAUCGUCUGAAAUAGGCAUCCUCACCUGUAUCAUCCAGAACCCUGCUCACUGUCGUGUGCACUACAAGUUGCAAUUCGGAAAACUUACUGUAUUGAAAUUCUGCCAGUUCAUGGUUUCUGAAGACUGAUGUUCUCUCCCAAACACUGGUUACUGCAGCAUGGUUAAUGUGUAAAAGAAGGGCCACUAAGGCCACUGGUUUUUAAAAAUCAUUGUGCAAAUUCUUAUGUUAAAUUAUCUAAGCUUUGCUGUGAUACUGUUUUCUCUUCACUAUGUGAUGGUACAGGAAUGAUGUCAAAUGAAGGGGGGAAGUAUUGCAGGGGAGCAUUUUAAAUUGCAGACGUAAAAAGUUAUAAUAUUUAUAAUUUUGAUUAAGUUUAUUUUUAUAGGGAACAUUUUUCUUCCCUAAAAUUGUUUUUGGAAUGGCAAUUUGUUUCCAUUAUUAAAAGCUGAUGUUGUCAGUC